AUGAGAAACACUCGAAACAAAACCUUUGCUAUCCUCCUCUUGCUGCUGUUUAGCAUGUCAAGAUACUUUGUCAUGGGAAAAAUUCUUGUUAGGGUCAUGAACCAGCUGGGAAAUCACAGGACUCUGAACAUACACUGCCAGUCCCGCGACAAUGAUCUUGGCUAUGUUGCCCUUCCAGAUGGCUCUGAAUUCGAGUGGAAAUUCUCUGUUAAUUUCUGGGGCACCACACUGUUUUAUUGUAAUGUGCAAUGGGAUCAGUCAGGAUGGCACCAUUUUGAUGCCUACGCAUACGAAUGGGAUUCUAGCCGGUGUCAAACAGAAUGUAUAUGGAAGAUCUCAAAGGAUGCGGCAGCACAUCAGAAUUGUAGUAGGAAAUGCAGAAGCAGCAAAUGGUUUGGAGCACAGGCUCAAUGA